AGCAAUUAUAGAAUUGGAUUGGAUCGGGGAGUUCGGGAAGGUGGCCGGCACCGCCGCCGAAAUCGGUUUCGUUUUAUUUUAGCUUAGCUGUCGAAGGCAUCCGGUUGUGGCAUUCUCCCCGCGGAUCAUCGUCACGAUCGCAGGUGAUAUAGGUACAUCGCGGGCAUUGAAUGACGCGGGGUGAAAUCUCGCGGCGAGCAGUAACGAAGUUCUUGUGAUUGCACUCGUCGUCCUUCUUUUACUGGGCUAUAUUUAAGAGUAACUGAUAAGGGGAAGGGCCAAAAUCGCGCGUCACGAUGGAGGCGAUCAAGAAGAAAAUCGCGGCGCUGAAGCUCGAGAUGGACGUCGCGAACGAGAAGGUCGAAGUCAACGAGACGAAAGCGAAACAGGAGAAUAUAAGGGCAGACAGGCUGAACGACGAUCUCAGGGACCUGCAGAAACGACUGAUCCAAUUGGAACGAGAUUAUACUAUCACCAAAACCAGCUUGGAGCAAUCAACCGCCGAUCUGGAGCAGUGCGAAAAAUCCUGGUCUCGAGCUGAGCAAGAUCGUACCGUUUUAACGAAGAGAGUGCAGGAGAUCGAAGCGAGUCUUAUGAAAAAGGAAGAGCUACGUCUUUCCGCCACAAUAAAAUUGGCACGUGCGACCGAACUCGCGGAUGAUGCGCAGAGAAUGUGUAAUGUCUUGACGGACAGGAGUCGCUUGGAUGAGGAACGUAUGGAGAAAUUGACGUCGGAAUUAAAGGAUGCAAGAUUAAUCGCCGAGGACGCCGACGCGAAAUCCGACGAAAUAGCCAGGAAAUUGCAGUUCGUGGAGGAAGAACUGGAAGCUGCUGAAGAGAGAGUGAAGACUAGCGAGGCAAAAAUCGUGGAACGUGAGGACGAACUGUUCAUUGUACAGAAUAUCGUGAAGUCCCUCGAAGUGUCCGAGGAGAAGGCGAACCAGCGGGUAGAAGACUUUAAGAUGCAGCUGAAAUCCUUGAAGAAGAAACUGAAGGAAGCGGAGAAGCGCGCUAUCAACGCCGAAAGGAUGGUGAAGACGUUACUAAAGGAAGUGGACAUGAAGGAAGACGAACUUAGGGAGGAGAAAGAAAAGUACAAGGCGGUCUGCGACGAUAUGGAUGCUACAUUCGCCGAGAUGUCAGGAUUCUAAAAUCCUGCGAACGGACUCGAUUUGAAUCUCUCGAUUUGGCUACUCCUACGCUUCCCUCCGCUUAUUCGCUAUCUUUUACUGUUCAUUAGUUCGGCUCGCUGUGCUUGACGUACCGCUUAAAUCGCAACGCCGUUCCGUUUUACAGAGUGUCGUGAGCGAUAUUAGAAAUAACUCGCUUCGCGCAAUAAUCCAUUGAUGGACAAGGCAAUGCAAUGCGGCUUGUUACUAUAACUGCUUCGCUACGUGCAACACCUUGCCAAGAUCGGGCAUUUGGUUCACGGUCAUGCUCGUUGUUCGCUGUAUCGAUCGACGAUUCACGAUUUCGUUUAUCUCUUUUUUUUCAGAGGCGUUGGAGGGACUUAAUGUCGUACGCGCGAGCGAGAUCACGAUAUCGCGCAUCCUUUUUACCAUUCAAUGUAAAAUCUGUAUUUUCAAUAAACAGCAUCACAUAUUCUCUAA